AAUAUAUACAAAAAUGCACGUCGAAUAGACUUGUUAUUUUCAUACUCUCUAGUCUCCUAGUCUCUUCAACCCCCCACCACCACCUCCUUUAUUCUCCAAACAUCAAAAACCACCACCAUCACCACUCGGCCGGCCGGUGCAAUGUCCUCACCAGCGGAAUACUAUCGAUCUCUCCCACCUGUGAGCAAGGCCUAUGGAGUUGCCUGCUUCAUGACCACAGCUGCAUUUCAUCUGGGGCUUUACGAUCCUUCUAACAUAGCAUUAAAGUAUGACCUCGUGAUCAAACGUUUUCAGGUUUGGAGGCUUAUUACGAAUUUCUUCUUUCUUGGGCCAUUUUCAUUGCCUUUUGCUUUUCGUCUGCUAAUAAUAGCAAAAUAUGGCGUUUCACUUGAGAGAGGUCCCUUUGACAAGAGAACCGCAGACUAUGUAUGGAUGUUGGUCUUUGGAGCACUAUCACUUCUUGUGAUGGCUGCUGUUCCAUAUCUAUGGUCUCGAUACAUGGGAGUUUCUCUAGUAUUUAUGAUGGUCUAUAUCUGGGGCCGUGAGUUCCCAAAUGCGCGCAUAAACAUCUAUGGUCUUUUCUCAUUGAAGGGAUUCUAUCUUCCAUGGGCAAUGCUAGCACUGGAUUUACUAUUCGGUAAUCCUUUGAUGCCAGACAUUCUAGGGAUAGUUGCAGGACAUUUAUAUUACUUCCUAACAGUGCUUCAUCCUCUUGCCGGGGGAAGAUAUGUCUUCAAGACUCCUUAUUUGGUUCACAAAUUAGUUGCAUAUUGGGAUAAAGGAACACAAAUAAACUCCCCGGUGCAACGUGAUCUGUCAGCCGGAGUUGCAUUCAGUGGAAGAAGCUACCGUCUCAAUGGAAGUCAAAGGCGCACAGCAGAGCAGGCAGAAACAAACACCCCUGCACAGGAGCCCAACCAGGCUGAUGGAGUCGCUUUCCGAGGCAGAGGCUACCGACUCAAUGGGCGUUAGACAGAAUCUUCGUUUAUCCUAAGUUGCAACUACAUGAGUAUUGGUAGUAAUUAUCUUCUGAUUUUGGUACGUAGUAUAUUGUUGUAUUCAGCUACUAUUGAGAGAGCAGCCCUAAUGCAGGACCUGGAUUUUGAAGCCUUCUAUUGAAAGUGUCAUAUCUACAA